UUCGCCAAUCUGGCUAAUCUGUUGGGUAUACCUGCGGGUACCCUGCCCUCGGGCCUAUCUGUUGAGCGAAGUGAUUUGGAAAAGUUGAGACACGCCUGCGCCGGCUCUCUAGUCAUCCCAGAUGCUGCUGACAAGGAUGAAGCUGCCUACUACGACGACUAUGGCAGCCGAUCUCCCACACAUUACUAUCAGUUUCCUGUAAGUCUUGCUGCUUUAGGCCCUGUGCGUUCUAUGCCCUUCUUUGCAGCAUCAUCUCUUGGGGGCAUUUAA